GCGUAUGUCAUCUUCUUCUGGCUGGGCCUGGGCAUUCUUAUGCCUUGGAAUACCCUUAUUACCGCCAUUGAUUACUUCAGCGACAUCUAUCCUGGCGUCCACAUUGAUCGCGUCUUCAGCCUCUCCUACAUCUUCCCCAUGCUCGCUUCCCUUCUUCUGUUGGUUUUCCUUGGCCGACAUUCCUCCUCCUCCUCUAGCGCCUUGUCUGGCUUCGCGCUCUUUGCUCUGUGCAUUCUAGUAGUCCCUCUGGUGGACUGGUGUGGAGUGAGGAGCAGCGAGAGUACCAUCUCCCAUGCGAUCGGCACUCGAGUCACGCUCAUCUUGACUGUGGGAUCGACUGCCGUCGUGGGCUUAGCGGAUGCCUUGGCCCAAGGGAGUACGUUCGCUUUCGUCGGGGAAUUGCCCGCGAAAUACACUCAAGCGGUUUUGGCGGGAACGGCGGCAUCUGGAAUCUUUGUAUCUUUACUGCGAUCGGCGACCAAGGCGGCUUUGCCGCUACGGCAGAGUGCCUACGUGUACUUCUUAGUAGCGUUCGUUUGUGAGCUGCUGUGCAUGGUUGGCUUCCACGUGGUGCGGUCGUUGCCUGUCGUGAAGUACCAUCGGUAUCGGGAUGGUGGGGGUAGGGGGAGCAAGGGAGGUGGGGGAGGUGGCGGAGGUGGCGGCGGGGAACGUGGCGGUCGGGAUCUCGGCGACGAGGAAGGAAAGUUCGGGGAUGCGCAUGGGCGUCGGGGGGGCAGCGAUAGAGGCAGCACCGAGCAAGCCGUCGGGAUCGGGAGGGCGGCGAAUGCUGCUGGUGUUGGUGUUGGUGCUGGUAGUGAAGGCGCCGCCGGCGCCGAUGUGGUACUUGCGGUGCCGUCGGAUAACGAUCCCCAUGCCACUCCUUUGACUACUAGAGGAGGAGGAGGAGGAGGAGAGUCGAGAAACUGGGAAGAAGAAGAAGAAGACAUUUGUAAUAGGCAUCGUAGCGAUGGCGAUGAUGAUCGUGCUCUUCUUGGAGUGGAGAGUGAUGGACUUGUCAAGUCGCCGCCCAAAGGGAUAAUCACGGAGGCUAAAAGAAGGAUGAUGGUCGGGAUUGGGGGAGGAGGAGGAGGAGGAGGAGGAGGGGGAGCCGGAGGGAGGAGGAACUCGGACUUUGGGGAUGCAGUCUCCUCCCCCUUGUUACCUCCUCCUCCUCCUCCUCCUCCUUCGUCUGCUGCCGGUGAAGGCGGACUACAUUCAACUCAUCGCAAAACACUGCCAGCUGUCCGUGUUACUCAAGUGGCCUGGCAUAUCAAGAGCUACAUGGCCAGCGUGGCGUGGAUUUUUGUCGUUACCUUAUCCAUUUUCCCGGGCUUUAUUACGGAAGACAUCCAUUCUACUCUGUUCGGUAAUUGGUACCCGGUGCUGUUGAUCUCAUCUUAUAAUCUGGGGGAUUUCGCGGGAAAGAUGUUCCCGCUGGUCCACGUGAUCAAGAACCAGCUGGUCGUGAUGAGGUGCACGUUAUGGCGGGGACUAUUUUUCCCGCUCUUUGCGCUGAUUAGUUAUGGGCCGGAAAUGUUUCACAACGAAGCGUACGUCAUGCUCAUCACGCUGGCGCUUGGCGUAUCCAACGGGUACUUCAACUCUCUGCUCAUGAUGGACGCUCCCAAGCAAGUGGAACUACACGAAGCGGAAGCGGCGGGACUGAUCAUGGUCCUCUCCCUCGUAGUGGGACUGGCAAUUGGGGCUUUGGGAGGAUGGGCCUGGCUUCUGGUACCCUCGUUCUGCUACAGUCGAGCUUGUCUAGCCGGUGUGCUCCUCAUUUGGGUCGCUGCCCUUACUAUCGUCAGUGCAGUGAUUCGCUGACCCUCUUUCUUUUUCUUUUUUUUUUCUUGGCUGCGGGGGUGGGGUUGGGGGUGGGGGUGGAGGGGGUGGGGAGGGGGGGGAUCAAUGAUCAUCAUUGUCUUUUUUUUUUUUUUUUUUUUUUUUUUUUUUUUUUUGUUCUUGUCGCCAUAGCUUAUCUUCUCAACGUCUUGUGUAUAUUCCCUGCAUCAACGAAG